AUGCAAAGGGUACAUUGGGAUGAUUGUAGAGCAACUAGUAGAGUGUUGGUGCAGAAUGGUUCCUAUGGAACUGUAACUGACUGGUCCCCUAAGGGGUAUGCAGUUCAGAAUUGUACCAAUGCAAAUUGCUCUGCUCACAAGAAGUUGAGGUGGAAGGUCCGUAACUAUAACCACUCUGUUAGUAUUCAAACCCAGGCUAAAUAUCCUAUCAUUUGGCACGGUGUUGGCUGGUCCCCACCGAGACCUACUUUAAAUAAUUCCUGCAUUCAAGAUACGCUUUGGAGGCUCCCCAUUAGUUUACAUAACAUCUCCCGAUGGGAUGAAAAUUAUACGGAUAAGACUAAAUAUACUCUAAAAUUUACAAAGAUAGAUACUUUUGGAAUACAAGCCUAUGUUAGAGAUCCUUAUGUGUUUUGGAUAGGAAACCUAACCAUUAAUACUACUACUAAAGAAGUUAGUUGUAUAGAAAAUAGAAGUUGUUCAUUAUAUAUGUGUUUAACUAAUAUUAGAGCUUCUACUAAUAUUACUAUCCUAAUUCUCAGACAACGAAAAGGUCUAUGGCUCCCUGUUUCACAGCGCAGACCUUGGGAAUCAUCACCUGAUAUGCAUAUGUUACUGAAAAUUUUAGAAAAAGUAUACAAAAGAACAAAAAGAUUUCUUGGAUCAUUAAUAGCUAUUCUUAUUGGUUUAAUAGCUAUUACAACAACAGCCACUGUCGCAGGGACUGCAUUACAUCAAUCUAUUCAAACCACAGAAUUUGUUCAAGAAUGGCAUAAGAAUGCAAGCAAAGCUUGGGGUGAGCAGUUGCAAAUUGAUAAGGAGGUUAAUGCCUGCCUUGUGGACUUAGAAAAUGCCGUUCUCCUUUUAGGAGAGGAGGUGGAAAACUUGCGGUAUCAAUUUAAGUUAAAGUGUGACUGGAAUACAUCAACAUUUUUUGUCACUCCUCAUGAAUAUAAUCACACACUUUUUAAUUGGAAUAAAGUUAAAAAACAUCUACUUGGACAUUAUAAUAAUCUUACACUAGACAUUUUAAAAUUGCAGGAAACUGUGGAUGAUAUACAAAAUGCAAAUUUCAAUAUCCUUUCAAAAUCAGAAACUAUGCAAGGCAUUGCUGAUGGCCUUGAACGAUUAAAUCCUAUGUCCUUAGAUGCACAAGAAAAACCCUCUCAGACCUAA